CAUUGCUGCUACAAAUUAAUUUGAAGAUCAAAGUUUGCGAUAGAGAUUACUUCAAGAUCGUCAAUCGUUUGAUCAAUAGAAGUUGUAGAGGGAAUAGUGAAAUAAAAUGAAUUGGAAAGAACAUGAAGUGCCAAAUUGCCCAGCGAGUGUUUACUAUGUGCCAAAUUUCAUAUCAGAAGAAGACGAGGCUUCUAUCCUGCAAUCUAUCUCUAAAACACCCAAACCACGCUGGACGCAGUUAUCCAAUAGACGAUUGAUUAACUAUGGCGGUAUCCCACAUCCGAAAGGCAUGAUUGCGGAAGAUAUGCCGGUUUGGCUCACUCAAUACGUUCAGCGCAUCAAUCAGUUGAACGUGUUUGAUCAAGGAAUAAACGCAAAUCAUGUUCUCGUGAACGAGUAUUUGCCGGGCCAAGGCAUCAUGCCCCAUCUCGAUGGGCCCCUGUUUUAUCCCGUCAUAGCAACGAUAUCAUGUGGAUCGCACACGGUUUUAGAAUACGACAGGCAACUUGAAACGGGACCUGCUGACAACACAUCCCUUGUUCGAGAAAGUGUAGCUAAAAUGUUACUCGAACCCCGCAGCCUGUUGGUUGUUAAAGACGAUAUGUACCACACAUACUUUCAUUCGAUUAAGGAACUAGAGCAGGACGUGGUCGAUUCUACAAUCACAAACCUUUCUCUACUCUGCAAAGCGAAGUUGAAUGAUGUAUUACUUCGAGGAACGAGAAUAUCCUUGACGAUUCGGCAUGUCCCUAAAACGACUAAAAUGAAAAUAAAAAUAUUUUAA